AUGGACCGUUUACGGGACAAUGCGCCGUAUCCCGUAGAGUUAGAGCCGUUAACGGCAGCAACGGUGGCCGAGCCAGCUUGCUCAGACGUGAGCUCGAUUAAAAAAUGUGAUUUGUGGUCGGCACUCCGCACGUGUUUUAUUUUGCGAGUUGUGUACGUGACGGGCGAAUGGAGAGCUUUCGGUUCAGAAACUCGCCAAAGGCCCGCCACG